AUGGCCAAUCUUAAUUCGGUGGAUGUAGAUUUGGCCAAUCUUAACAUUAUGGAUGAAGAAGAAGAUCCCUUGGAGGUGGUAGGGGACGAUAUAGCUAUUGAUCCAGAAAAUGGUUUGUGCCUAGUAGGGCGAGUUCUCACGCAUAGUAUUAUGAAUUUUCCAUCUUUAAAAAAUACUCUAGCUGAUUUGUGGCAUCCGCUGAGCAGGGUGUCUAUCACGGAAAUUGAAGACAAACGUAUUUUGUUUCAGUUUUAUAGCAAGAUUGACUUGAAGCGGGUUAUGGAUGGUAUGCCAUGGUUUUUCAACCGACAUCUGAUAGAGUUCCAUAGACUAAUAAGGGGUGAGGAACCAUCUACAGUUUCGCUCUGGACUAUGAUUUUUUGGGUGCAGAUCCACAAUUUACCAGUUGGAUUUAUAACAGAAGGGAUGGCGCGACAAUUCAGGGAAUUUAUUGGAAAAUUAAUGGAGUAUGAUGUGUCGAUGGUGACGAGGGGGAUAAGCAAAUUUAUGCGGAUUAGAGUUGUAAUGGAUAUUAGGCUCCCACUUAAAAAGAAGAAAUAG